ACAAACCGAACUUUUAGGGUUUUGGAGCUCCGGAGGACAUAAAAAACCCCAAAACUUUCCGAUUGAAUUUUAACUCACACGAAUAUCAUCUUUCAUUCCACGGCAUCACCUUUCCAUUUCUGUACACGACAAAUUUCUAAAAUGGGUCAUUAGCAAAUGGGUCCGACCCGAACACAAGCAAGAUUGAUCAUCAGGAUAGGCACAAAGGUGGAAGUUUCUUUUGAGGAACACGUUUUCCGUGGCGUUUGGUUCCCGGCAACGAUUGUUGAAGAUUUGGGCAAUAACUUGUUCGUUGUUGAAUAUCGAUGUAUAGGGAUUAAUGAUCAGGCAGAGAUUCGUAAAGUUACAGUAGAUCAUCUUCAUAUUCGCCCCUUUGCACCUCAAUUUAGGUCUACAAAUUUUGGUUUGCUAGAGAAGGUCGAUGCUUUUUAUGAUUUUGGCUGGUGGAGUGGAGUAAUUACCAAAAAACUUGCUGAUAAUAGAUAUGUUGUGUACUUUAAACAUACAAAUAAGGUGAAGGAACUUAGUCAUUUGGAAUUAAGACCUCAUGUGGAGUGGAAAGAAGACAAAUGGUUAACACCUUAUCAGGUUCCUGUUUUUGAUGAUUUUGAUAAUGCCGAUGAUGAUGUAGCAAAUGGUGAUUCAGGCACUGUGAAUUGCAGCACUGAAGUGACAGAAACUAUUUCCCUGAACUUAGCAAACCUGAUCGAGGACGCAAUUCUUGUUGUUGAUAAACAAACAUUUAUUGAAACAACUUCAAUGAAGAGAGCAAAGACAACAAGUCUUGGUAGCAAUACUAAAAGUUCGAAGUCUUCCAAGAAAAUAAAGGCCGUAGGGACUUCUGAUGACCCGAGCCUAGCAAAUGUGGGGCAAAGUAAAGAAGUAGACAAGUCACCUGUUGACAAAACCGUUGUUAAAACUGUCAGUAAAAGUAAGAUUGUUACUCGUGGAAAUAAAAAGCCUAUUGAGCGAGGAAAAAGUGUCAAGUUGGAGCAACCUAAAGUUAUAUCUGCAAGAAAGAAGGGGAAAUUAUCUGCGGAUAAUACAGAGCCGGAAGCAAUACCCAAAGGAGCAAACAUCACCCCGGAUAUUGUUGAGGGAGAUCGUGCAAGUCGAAUUUGGCCUAUUCCUGUGAUUAUGGGUUUACAAUGUAUUGCAAUGUCAGCGAGCAAUAAACCUAAGACGACUCGAUCAUUUGCCCCAUUGUCACCCAAGACAACAGGAACGAGCGGACGAGAUCAACAAUUUGUUCCAUUGUCACCCAAGAGGACAGGCAAUAUGGUACAAAAUCAACAGUUUGCUCCAUUGUCACCCAAGAGGACAGGCAAUAUGGUACAAGAUCAACAAUCUGUUCCAUUGUCACCCAAGAGGACAGGCAAUAUGGAUAAUGAUGAGGGUGAUGGCACAGUUCCAAAAAGGAAGAGAGGAAGGCCAUUCAAAACAGAAGCCAAUAACCAGAAGACUUCAUUAGCAGAAAAUCAUUCAAAUGGAAAAAUUAUUCCAGAUGAAGCUACUGUGAUGGGAUAUGUAUCCAGGAAGAAGAGAAGCCCGCCAUCGACUGUAGAAGUCAAUUUUGAAAAGGUGCCAAAUAGAAUUUCUGGGAUAGAGUUGUCUUUACAACAGGAGAAUUCUAAAACAGUAAAAGGAAAACGAGGGAAACCAGGUACAUUGGGUAGCGUAGACAUGGAGUCUCCACCACAAGAUUCUCAAGAACCAUCCACACAAAUAUCCAACAAAAUUAUUGAAACUUCCGUUGAAAAAUCACUUGAUUCAGUACUCGAUGAUCAACCUCUCGCAAAGUGGUUUGUAGGAAAGCACUCAUCAGCAGCUCCUGACUCCACAGGCAAGAAAUCGUCUGAAAGUUCAAAAGACCCUCCUGCUAUGGCCAAUGGCGAUGCUCCAAAGUUAACUUUUGAGAAACGUAGUCAACUUUGGGGGACAAUAGAGGCAAUGGAAGUGUUUCACUUGUUCCCCCAAAACCCGCAUUUUCGUCCACUGGAUAAUUAUAAAGAAACUGCCCGGGAACGCCAAGCUAUCAAUUUGAUGGUUAACUUUUCGGGUGUUUUCGAGGAUAUGUCUCGUUUGCGAUUUGAUCAUCCAAGAACUGAAAUUGGAGAUCACUUGGAUACACUAAAUGAACUCGAAAGUCACGGGUUUGAUGUUCAUCGUAUAAGGAAGCGUUUGAAUGAAUUACUUUCACUUAAAGAUGAACAUGAGAAACUUGCUACAAAUUCCAAUGAAUUUAAGGGUAAAAUCGAGACAGGAAGUGUUGAAGUUAAAAUACGUGACCAAGAGAUUGAGUUGAUCAAUACGCAGGUGAAGAAGCUGAAGGAAAAACGUGAUCAGAUCACGAAAUCUAUGGAGGAAAAAGAUUCAGAGCUCGAGAGUUUGAAAGUUGAACUUGAAGAAAUCAAAAAGGGUAUGGCUUUAGCCCGCUGCACAUUUGAAGGCUUAGCUGCUACAUCAUUGUAAGCGCAUUUAUGUUCAUUUGGGUUCAGAAUUAUCUUAUAGGUUGCUUUAGUGUUCUUUUUGUUCUCUGUGUCAAUGAAUGUGGCAUUAGUUUAGAGUUUAGACUUUGAUUACUAGCUUAACAGUUUCAGACCGAAUUUUUAGCUUAGCCAAAAGCUGAACUGAUGUUUGGGGUGCUUGGUUUGAGGUUCGUGUUUGAUGACAUGAGUUGAUACA